AUGGCGCACUGGCUGCUGCUGCUAUCGCUGCUGGGGCUGCUCCCGGGCGCUGCCUUCGCCCCCGCGCCGGCCUCGGGGCCGCCACCCCCGGAGCUGCUGAAGCCGGCCCGCUUCGCUCUAAGGAUGUACAACCAAGGCCGGGCUGCGGGGACAGAGGCUUCGCUGGGGACUGUCCGAGGGCGCAUCCGCCGGGCGGGCCUUGGGUCCUUGUACUCCCUCGAAAUGACCUUGGAGGAACAACCGUGCAAGCUCUCAGUGUGCCGGCUCCCGCUGUCCAAGAGGACCCUGCUCUGCAGCUUCGAGGUCCUGGAUGAGCUAGGCAAACACAUGCUACUGAGACGGGACUGUGAACCAGUGAAUACCAAGGUUUCAGGUGCUGGGAUAGCCCGGGGAUGCUGGCAUGGGGGGGAGGGGGACGGCCUGCUCCAACCCUGAUGCCCUGUUUUUUCCUACCCAGACAAUGUGAACGAGUCCAUGAAUUACAGCAUGCCACCCUUGAACCCACACUCCCUGCCUCAGGACUUUUCUGUGAAGAUCGAGUCACUCUUCAAGGACUUUGUCAUCACUUAUAACCGCACAUACGAGUCACAGGAAGAGGCCAAGUGGCGCAUGUCUGUCUUUGCCAACAACAUGAUCCUGGCACAGAAAAUCCAGGCCCUGGACCGUGGCACAGCUCAGUAUGGGGUGACCAAGUUCAGUGACCUCACAGAGGAGGAGUUCCGCACCAUCUACCUGAAUCCCCUCCUGAGAAAGAAACCUCAAAACAAGAUGCGCCUCGCCAGGGCCCCCAUGCAGCCUGCACCUCCUGAAUGGGACUGGAGGAAGAAGGGUGCUGUCACCAAAGUCAAGGACCAGGGCAUGUGCGGCUCCUGCUGGGCCUUCUCUGUGACUGGCAAUGUGGAGGGCCAGUGGUUCCUGAACCGUGGGACCCUGCUCUCCCUCUCUGAGCAGGAGCUCUUGGACUGUGACAAGCUGGACAAGGCAUGCAUGGGCGGCAUGCCGGCCAACGCCUACGCAGCAAUAAGGACUCUGGGAGGGCUGGAGACGGAGGAAGACUACAGCUACCACGCCCACGUGCAGGCCUGCAGCUUCUCUGAGAAGAAGGCCAGAGUGUAUAUCAACGACUCGGUGGAGCUGAGUCAGAAUGAGCACAAGCUGGCGGCCUGGCUGGCCAGCAAAGGCCCGAUCUCUGUUGCCAUCAACGCCUUUGGCAUGCAGUUCUACCGCCAUGGGGUUGCCCACCCUCUGCGGCCCCUCUGCAGCUCUUGGCUCAUCGACCAUGCUGUGUUGAUCGUGGGCUAUGGCAACCGCUCUGAAGUCCCCUUCUGGGCCAUCAAGAAUAGCUGGGGCACUGACUGGGGUGAGGAGGGUUACUACUACCUGUAUCGUGGGUCCGGGGCCUGUGGUGUGAACACCAUGGCCAGCUCAGCGGUGGUGGACUGA